UCUAAAAGGUAACUCAGUAUUUCUUGGAAUUGCUUAAUAUAGUUGAACAUUUUUUAGUAUUGUUCAUGUUAACUGUAAAUAACUCAAUAACAUGCUGAUUCCUGAUAGGUUAUGGAGGUCAACUUUUAAGUCUUCUACCAUAACACAGUGGUGAACUCAGAUAAUUGUUUCCUCCAUAUUUCAGUAACAGAUGAUAAGAAGUCAGAACAUGGCACAAAAAGCAGGGAUACUAAAAAUUCCCUGAAGUAUCAGAAGCAGCAGCUGUAGCAGCAGAGGAGGAAAAAAAAUACCAGCUGAGAAGAUACCACAUCAGAAUUCUUCAUUUUGAAGCCUGCAGAGUAGUAUGAUUUCCCAGAAAAAAAACGCAGUGGCGCAGCGAAUAUCAUCAUCAAGACUUCACAAAAUUAAAGAACUGAAGAAUGAAAUAUUUGAUUUACAACACCAAUUAGAAGCAUCAAGGUUAGAAAACCACUUUUUGAAACAGCUUCAGCAUCGACACUCGAAAGUAAUAGGUAGAUACCAAAAUUCAGAACAUAACUUGCCAGAUCUUUUAACAAGUCAUUAUAAUGAAGUGAGAGCUUUAAGGAAACUCCUGAGGAUGUCUCAGGAGGAUGAGAGAAAUACAUCCCGGAAGCUCAGAAAAGUUGAAGCAGAGCUGCUAAAAGCUAAAGACGCUUUGCAGACCUUGCAUAUGCUUUCAGAAGACAAAGCUCUUGCAGAGAGAGAGGAACUUGAUCACAGAUUAUCAGUCUUGACAGAAAAAAUUGAAGCGAAUGAUCAGAAAAUACAGAGCCUAGAAAAGCAGCUGAAGUUGAACAAUAGCACCUUUAGUCGUCAGCUGGCAAAUGAGAACAGAAAAGCUGUGGAAGCUGGGAUAAUUACAAAGAACUUGCAAAUGGAAAUUAACUUGCUUCACCAAAAAAUUAAGGAAAAGGAUCGGCAACUUUAUGUAAAAAAUAUCUAUGCAAAUCGGAUGCCUAAAAUCCCAAAAGACAGAAGUGAUUCAGUACCUCAUGAAAAAAGUCUUAGUAUAAAUAGAUCAGUACAAGUAGAUAAACAGAGGUUUAGAUCACUGCUGCUGUCACAGUACCAAACUGAGGAAACAGAAAAAAGUCCAAUUCAGCAAACAAAGGAGAAGUGUUCAGAAGAUAGGAAUCAAAAAGCUAAAGCAAAUGAAGUAUACACAGAUGCCUAAUGUAAAACUGAAAAGCAAUCAAGUGAGAAAAUACUAAAGCCAGAGAAUUUUAAUAGAACACUUAGAGGCAUAUUUUAACAUUUUUCUCAGAAACUCAUUUGAUCAUUUUGAAAGUUGAAUGAACUGAUGGUAUCGGUAAUUUACAUGGGUCUGACACCCAUUAGAGCUGGCACCUGACUGACAGGAACUAGUUCAACAAAAUAAUGUAUGAAGAGUCACUGAAAUCCAGCUGCUGGCAGUGCUGUGCUGUCAGCAGAGCAGUUCUACAGCAUAAGGCAUCUUCAUACCGCUGUUCUUCCAAAAGCAGUUCCUGGUUACGUUGGUAAAAAGUCAGUGCUUUGUCUUAAAAGUAUACUUUAAUUAAUAGCUUGUUAAUUCCACACUAAUCAAAUACCAAUCUCGAAUUGUUGGUUGUGAACCUUCAUCACAGCUGAUGUCAACAUAGAUUUCUGGCUCAGGAUCUGUUGCUGAGAAAGCAAAAGGACUUCUUCGAGGGCUGGGAGCAUCUCCUCAUUACAGUGAUCACUAUAAAUAGAUUUUAUGUAAAUCUUAGCCAUCAACUGUAUCCUCAUAUAAAAGUUAUAUGCAAAGGACUCAUCCUUAAACACCAUUAUUUUGAAGAAAUUCGAUAGAACAGAAGAUGGAAGGAGCCAGUGCAUCUAUUAAUUUAUCUGAGUUUUUCUUUCUAAAAUAUUCGUUAUUUUCAUUAAGGCUGUAGAAAGAACAAAGCUCUGAAUGCCACAAUGCUAAAUACUUCACAAAUGGUAGGAGAUGUUACAAGACCCAAAGGUCACGAACUUAAAGAGGUGAAACAGGUUGUUGAGGUCAGAGCUAGUAAUCUGGAAUGCAUUAACUUCUGUGUUUUGUGCCUUUUCAGCCUGCAGCCU